GUUCUUCUUUGUGUUUCAAACACAGCUAUUUUGAGCUGGAGAGCUGCGGCCUGCGGGACGAGAUCCGCUAUCACUACAGGUCUCACGGGCAGUCCAGGACAGAGGUGUUCCCCUACAGGCUGGCCGACGGGCAGUGGCACAAGGUGGCUGUGUCACUCAGUGCAUCCCACCUUCUGCUCCACGUGGACUGCAACAGGAUUUAUGAACGCAUCAUUGACCCCCCAGAAACGAAUUUGACACCUGAAAGCAAUUUAUGGCUUGGACAGAGAAACAGGAAGCAUGGUUUCUUCAAGGGUGUUAUUCAGGAUGUGAAAGUCAUCUUUAUACCCAAUGGAUACAUAACACAGUGUCCUAAUCUGAAUCGCACAUGUCCAACCUGCAGCGAUUUCUUAAGUCUGGUGCAAGGAAUCAUGGAUUUGCAAGAACUCCUGGCAAAAAUGACUGCAAAAUUAAAUUAUGCAGAAACAAGACUGAGUCAAUUGGAAGACUGUCAUUGUGAGAAGACUUGUCAAGUGAAUGGGCUGAUCUAUAGAGACAAAGACUCAUGGGUUGAAGAUGAUCACUGCAGGAAUUGCACAUGCAAAAGUGGAGUUGUGGAGUGCCGAAGGAUGUCCUGUCCUCCUUUUGACUGUCCUCCUGAUGCUCUCCCUGUGCAUGUGGAAAGCCAGUGCUGCAAAGUGUGCAAGGCAAAGUGUAUCUAUGGAGGCAAAGUACUAGCAGAAGGUCAACGAGUAUUAACCAAGAGCUGCAGGGAAUGUCGAAAUGGAGUCUUAGUAAAAGUAACAGAGACUUGUCCACCAUUGAACUGCUCGGAAAAAGAUCGUGUUCUUCCAGAGAACCAGUGCUGCAGUGUUUGUAGAGGCCAUAACUUCUGUGCAGAGGGACACAGAUGUGGUGAAAAUUCAGAAUGCAAAAACUGGAACACAAAAGCUACUUGUGAAUGCAAGAGCGGCUGGCAGUCACUUCAAGGUAGCAGCUAAUACUGCAAAGACAUCGAUGAGUGUGCUGCCAAGAUGCAUUAUUGCCACGCCAACACCGUGUGCGUCAACCUGCCCGGGUCCUACCGCUGCGACUGCGCCACGGGCUAUGUGCGCGUGGAUGACUUCUCCUGCACAGAACACGAUGAGUGUGGCAGUGGGCAGCAUAACUGUGAUGAGAAUGCAAUUUGUACCAACACUGUCAGGGGCCAUAGCUGCACCUGCAAACCUGGAUACGUGGGGAAUGGGACCGUCUGCCAAG